AUGCUGGCACGUUGUGCAUCGCUGCCCAUGGCCAAGCGAGACGGCGACCCCACUCUCCGGCAUCGCCGUACGGCAUUGCGUGGAGACGGCCGUGCGCGGCGCAUUCUGCAGCUGCACGCCCGCCUGCGAGAUGAUGUUGGCCGUGCCGGUAGCGCGCACCGUGUGGUGGCGAGCGAGCUCGCUUCGGCGAUCCGGCUGCGCGCCACGCUGCAGCACCAAGGCCUCACACGGUGUGGCGUCCUCGCCCAACCCAAGCCAUGCUGA